GUUUUGGAAAUUUCCCCAACUUCCCUGUUGUCAUCUCUUCACGUCCUCCCAUGUCCUCGACUUCAAACAGUUCGGUGUGAACAUGCAUUUGCAUAUAUUUCCCUUUACUUGUCCUGCGCCCAGCAGUAAACACAUCACCCCACCGCCAGCACGUUUCGAGGUCCGCGCUAAUCACCAUCUGCAAACUACCGACAAGAGCUAUGGCUUCAGAUAGCAGAGCCGACACUGUCAUCAACGACAACCCCGCUCUUCAGUCCUAUUACAACUCCCUCGAGUCUCGGAUUGGAUACCGGCUGGUUCUCGGCGGCACCCGCCACUUCGGAUACUAUGAGAGAGGGUCAGACUGGCCAUGGCCUGUCGGCCGGGCUCUGCGACGAAUGGAGGGCAAGUUGUUCGACGCCCUUGCCUUGCCUGAAGGCUCGCAGGUCCUCGAUGCCGGCUGUGGAGUAGCUGCCGUGGCCAUAAACAUGGCCCGGAGAGGUCUCAGGAUAACAGGCAUCGACGUCAUCGACCACCACAUUGUGAAAGCGAAGCGGCGCAUCGCAAAGUCGCGCCUUCCUGAUGGCCAAGUCACUGUGCAAAAGAUGGACUACCACCACCUCGAGACCCUUCAGUCAGAAUCGUUCGACGGCGUAUACACCAUGGAGACAUUUGUGCAUGCUACAGACCCCGAAGCUGUAUUGGAGGGCUUCUUCCGCGUUCUCCGUCCGGGAGGCCGUAUCGCUCUCUUCGAGUACGACCACUCCUUCGAGUCCGAAGAGCAACUAGGCGACCUGGCCAUGUCGAUGAAGCAGGUUAACCAGCACGCCGCCAUGCCGACGAACGAGCGGUCUAAGCCAGGCUUCUUCCGAGAGGUCCUUGAAAGCGCCGGCUUUACAGACAUCGUCGUGCGUGACUACUCGGAGAAUAUCAAGCCCAUGCUUUGGUUAUUCUACAUCUUGGCUGCUGUGCCGUUCAUCCUGGUCCGGUUCUUCCGUCUGGAGAAAUACUUUAUCAACACGGUUGCGGGAGCCAGGGGUCUCGCCGGGCAAAAGUACUGGCGCUUCGUUUCAAUUUCUGCAACCAAACCUGGGGAUAAGGUUGAGGGGGCCAAGGUGAAGUGAUGGGCGUGGUUGGUGGCAGCCACGUGUUUUAAUUUAUUUGAGUUAUUUAAUUUGCGUUGAACCGGGUCCAAGCAAUACUCAGUAAAGAUACUCAAUUCGGCGAUACUCGCUGGCAGUUCAAUCUCGAUAACCUUACAAAAAUCUAAAUGUUGAUGUCCACCAUGG